AUGUCAGAGAAACACAACAAUGCAGCACCACCACCACCAUACUCACCCCAUGCCUCCUCCGUAUCACCAUCAAUCCUCGACCAACUAAACAUCACACGCACCCAACACAUCGAGUCCGUAAUCGACACCCACAUCCUCCCCCUCAUCCACCAACGCAUCACCUACGCCAUGGUAACCACAACCCUCGCCCUCCUCCCCUCAGACACAUCCCUCGCGCCCACAAAAGCAAACGCCUACUCCUCUGCUUUCCUCCAGGACUCCCCUUCCUCCCCAGACUCCUCCACCUCCAUUCAAGUUCUCGGCUUCGCCUCCGACACCUCGCCUCCCCACCUCAUCCACCUAUCCGGCCCCAUAAACAGCACAGAAUUCUGGAACCUACCACCCGUCCUCCACGAGCUCGAAACAAUCCUGACUUCACGGUUGAAUCCGCAUUCUACCCCUAUGCCCACGGCUCCAUCUAGCUACCGAGAUACCACUCUUUCUCCUCCCAAUGCUGCUGGUGGUGCUGCAAGUGCGCAAAUCCUACCACCACAGCGGUUUUCCCGUCGCAGUCUCCUAGCCAGGGUAAUGCCGUCGUUGGGCCCGGAACAGGCGUCGCCGGGGAAUAACCCAGAGGUCGGUGUGAGACAUAUUGACAAUGCUGCCUCAGGGACGAAUAUGGUUACGGUGAAAGCGAGGUGGGAGGAGAUUUGUUUGAGGACAGUGAGCGACUUUGGCUUGUACGAUACGAUAUCGAAACAGUGUGUUAUUAUCAAAGUAGAUGCACAAUGUUGA